AUGUGUUUUGGGAUUGGCAAUGACAUGCACGAGCCCUACAACGGAGUGAUUGGUCGUGAUUAUAAUGGCGUGAUCGGCCGCGACAUGAAGCCGGUUAUGAUGGUGCCGGAGGGGUGAGUACGGCUCUGUUUUUCAUUUUAUUUUAUUUUUUGUUUGGAAAAACGUAUAUUUAAUAACAACGUAUUCGAAUGUCUAAUAAUGUUGGUGUAGGCGCAUGCUGAAAUUUGAGAUUAUUUUGUGGCGGGGGUUUUUUAUUUUCUAACUGAUGUGGGGUUAAUAAAGUUAAUUUUAAAUUUAAUGGUAUGUAGAAGUAGGGUUAGUAGGAAUACUAUGUAGUUUUAGGAUAUUUUAUUCCGUGGUAUUAUCUAUUAUAGUGCAGGGCAGAGUAUGCCAAAAUAGAUAUUGUACAAUGGACAUGGUAGAAUGGGUAAGAUAUCAUGGGUAGGGUAAGGUAGAGCAGGGUUUGGUAGGGCAUGGCAGGGCUCGGCAAGGCUUGACAAGACUUUUCAAGGCUCGGCAAGACUCGGCAAGGCUCUGCAGGACUUGUCAAGUCUUGGCAAGGAUUGACAGAGCAUUGUUAAAGAAUUUUUAUUUUAUUAUAAGCGUUUUUAGUUAAAAACGAGAUUUUUUUCUCAAACAGCUUUUAAUUUUAAAUUUGCCUUCAUCGCCAAUAAUUUUCAAAUAGUUUUUUUCAAUUGAUAUGACACAAAGCGCAAAAUCUUAUAAUCAAGAAAUAAAAGUCACAUGUUUUGACUUUGAUAAUCUUUUCCGUUUUGUAUGCUCAAAAAUAGUAUGACAAAGCUUUUACUUAGGAAGUAAUUAAAACUCUGAACUAUUAUUAGUAUUUUAUCAAACCAAAGCUCACCUUUAUUAAAAGAUUUAGCUAAAAUUCAAGGAAAAACUUGAAAAUACUAUAAUAGAAGUGUUUCAAGUACGAUACUCUAAUUUCUAUUAAAAAUAGUAAUUCAGAGUCCUACGUGAGCCACAACUCUCUGGACGACCAUUGAUCUUGCGUAUGCUGGCCGAAGCUGCUUCAGCACCAAGUGCUCCUGUCCAUAACCGACCAGGCCGUGGGCCUCAUCAUGGUAAUAUGCAGUGGGAACGACUCGGGUGGGGAUGGUGA